GCUUAGUUUAGAUAGCUGUUGAGUAAAAUUAGACAUGACAAUGUUUAUUUGUAACAAAUUGAUGACAUCUAUUUUUAGUUAUUUGGAAUCCAUGAGUAAAUAGUUAUUUAUAGUUUAUUUCACUAACUUCCUUAGUUUGCUGUUUGCAAUUUCAUAGGUUAAGUGACGUUUAAAGAAGUUUACCAAAAUAAAGACAAAGUUUAUUACUGAUCAACAUGAAUUUUGGGUCGGACUAUGUUUAUUUGUAUGAGCAGCCGAGUUUUGAAUACAUAUCAGAUGAAGAGUUAGAAGGGGGUAUGAAUGUCAGUGAUUCUGACUCGGACUCACCAGAUGAAGAAGAUGCUGACAGAGAAGGGGCUGUGUUGUUUUCUGGAACAGUCCCACCUCCACCACCAGCCCAAGCUGUUAGUUCUAUGAGUGGUGCAAACCUAUUUGGGGCGCGGAUACAUGUAGACUCGGCACCUGCAGCCCCACCACCACCCAGGCUACCAAUACAGAUGGUUCCUAAAAGCAAGCCAAAGUCUCACUGGAGAAUGAAGGAUACAGCUCGCGAAACUGCAGGCCCCAUACCUCAGAGCCAUAGGCGUGUAAGACAAGGGGACACAAAUAUUGUGACAGUGAAGUUUGACAAACUGAUAGCACCAAGUAACAUGCACGCUGGAGAUCCUCAGAAUUGUUCAAGUUGUGGUGCCAUUUUAUCAAAGAUCAGCAAGCUAGAUAUUCUGGCAGAUGAAAAGGUGUGGACAUGUGAAUACUGUGAGACAAGAAAUGUUGUUGAUAUUGAAGAAGAGGAAAUACCUCGGGAACCAGAUGUCACAUUCAUGUUGGAACCAGCACUCUCUACAACUGCUAGUGGACCUACGGGCCUAGAUGAGUCACUUGUUAUUUUCUGUGUGGAUGUGUCUGGAAGUAUGUGUGUAACCACAGAGGUGCCAGGUCAUAUUGAGCUCAGAGGUGCUUCAGGUUUACGACGUGCUCAGGCCUUAAAUCGGGAACGUGCCGACCAGUACCUACCACGUCAGCGCAGGAAUGUCACCUACAUAUCGAGACUUCAGUCAGUACAAGCAGCUAUUGAUCACCAGCUACAGGAGAUGGCCAGAGAGUAUCCAAACAGACGGGUUGCCCUUGUCACAUUUAGUAAUGAGGUGACAGUGAUAGGAGAUGGUAAGGUUGAUCCUGUUGCUAUUGCUGGAGAUAAACUUGGUAACCAAGAUACGCUGAAGACACUGGCAAAGGAGCAGCCCUUCCCAGAAGCCAUUAAAAACACACGACAGCAAUUGGGUCAAAAACUGUUUGAUUUGGAGGAGUGUGGUCCUACAGCUCUAGGACCUGCCCUGCUGGUCUCAGCAACUAUGGCCUCCAAGGUUCGAGGGUCUAAGGUGAUACUGUGUACAGAUGGACUGGCUAAUGUAGGGAUGGGCAAACUGGAUAAUCACAAGAAUGACCAGGAACUGGAAGAUGCUAUCAAAUUUUAUGAGGAAAUUGCUGAUAAUGCUUCGGAGAAUGGAGUUUCUAUAUCUGUGAUAACUAUCAAGGGCACUGACUGUAAACUUGUGGAGAUUGGAAAAAUGGCAGACAAAACAGGAGGGCAGGUGAACAUAGUUGAUCCACUGAAGCUUACCCAAGAGUUUAGCACUAUCCUUGCAAACAAAAUCAUUGCUACAAAUGUUGUUGCCACAUUCAUUCUGCAUAAAGAGUUGUUUUUCUUCUAUGAGGAGUCAGAAGAGUCUAAGGUUGUUAAAACCAUUGGUAAUGUAACAGCAGACACAGAGAUAUCCUUUGAGUAUGGUGUACGCACGAAGACAAAGGACGCUGAUAAACCCGAAACUGAAAGUAGAACAGGAGACAAGGAGGAGGCAAAAAGUGAAGGAGCGAAACAAGAGGAGAAAAUGGAGGUUGAUGCUAGUGGUUCACAGGAGGGUAAUAAAACUACAGAAAAUACUGACAUUGAGAUGGAAGAUAACAGACAGGUUAUACAUGAUGAAGAAAAACAAGGUGCUGAUGGAAAAGGUCAGAAAACAGAAACUGCAACUUCUUCUGGUGAAUCUAUGACUGAAGGAGCAGAUCCUUUUAGUACAGCUGGGACAUCUACAGGGCCACAGGCAGAUGAGGGCCGUAAAGAAUUACCGUUUCAACUACAGAUUGUUUAUACAGAUACAGAAGGAGCGAAAGCAUUAAGGGUCAUCACACAAACCAAACCUAUCACAAGAGAUCGUAGGAAGGCUGAGAGAAAUGCUAAAGUGGAUGUAUUAGCUAGGCAUACAGCAAUGACCGCAGCAAAAAUGGCCCAAGACGGCAUGUACACAAUGUCCAGAGAGAGGGCACUCAUGAACCAGAGAGUAGCUUGGAGACACACAAGGGAAGAUGAUGCAAAAAGCAAAGAAAGCAGGCCAGCAUACAAGAAAGCCUUUGGCAAGAUUAAAUCCAUGGAGAAUUAUUUGGCUUUACGUCAAAAGUCAGAAAGGUCGACUCACGGACGCACGUACAGUGAUGAUGAAGAUGAGGUGGAGGAGUAUGAUGUGCCACUUGCAAAAUGUUCUUCUGCGAGUAGGAGUAAAGGAAAAUCCAAAUCUUUUCUGUCAAAGUUAAGAAAGAAACGCUCCGAGACAACGGAGGAUGCUGGGGCAGCACUUGUUUUCAAAGGGAAAAAUGCCAGGGCGUUCUUUGAAGAUUCUGAUGAGGAGACCCCAAAAUAGAGAGAUAGUUAACAAAAGACACGGACAUUAUACUUUGACAUUAUGUGGCUGAUUAUCAGUUCUAAGUUCCCUAUUGACAUUUAGAUUUUUGUUAACUUUGUCAAUUUCUCACAGAUUAUAUUACAACAAUACACAAUGUAUAUUAUUCCAAAUUUCACUGCGAGAGAUCUCUGGUUAAAGCAGAAGUCCAAAUUGAUGUGGUAAUUUACAGUGUAAAUGUUUGCUCUUUUGUGUUUGGGUUGGGAAGUUAAUGUCAUAAGGUUAAGAAAUCGAGUGGGUGUUUAUUAAUGUUGGGAAAUUCAACAGCUGUAUAAAGAAUUUAUAUUUAUAAUAAAGGCCAAGGGGUCAAACAUUUUAAAAGCACAGCUGAUUUUAUAUCAUUUGUUAUUAAAAACCAAGAUUUUUAAAACGCUGCUAUGUUUGACUUCUAUAUUCUUGCAAAUUAGAGAAAAUUUUGGGUUAGAAAAAUAAAAAAAGAAUCAGAAAAUUUGAAGUACUUACAUUUGUUAAUAACUGUAAAUAAAAAGUAAAUACAAGAGUAUUUCAGUAAGUUCUAAAUCAAAAUUCCUAAACAAAUAUAGAAGUAACCUUCUAUUAUAUGCAGUAAGUAAUUUUGAUAUAGAUGUUAUUUUCUAUUAUAUUCAUUUCAACACAGACAUUAAUUAAAAUCACACUCGUAGUAGGUAAAAUAUGCUACAAGCUAUCUAUUACCCUACUAUGUUGAGGAAUGUUGAUAUAGACGUUAUUUUCUGUAAUAUUAACCCUUAGCCUGCUAAAUUUCUAAAAUGGACUGGUCCAUCAUUCAAUUUGGGCAAUACCAUUUAUUAUUCAAAGGGGUGUUCACUGAAAAUUUACUGACUGAAUAGCGAACAGUGCAGACCAUGAUCAGACUGCACGGAUGUGCAGGCUGAUCUUGGUCUGCACUGUUCGCAAAGGCAGCAUCACAUGCCGCCAGCAGGCUAAAGGUUAAUUCUGUUUAGGAGUUUCAACAUAGAUGAUACCUUUUAUUAUAAUUUUAAAGGUAUUUCAAUAUAGAAGUCACCUUACCUAGUUACCGUAUAUUCUCUUAUGAACACCUUUAUUAUUUUCAAUACUCCAUAUUUACCAUGAAAACAAACAUUCCUAUCUAGAUUUGGGUUUUCCCAUCAGUUAAUUUUAACUUAAUUAAUUAAUAAAUUAAUUGUCUUGCUCAUUUACCAUAAUGCAUUAUUCAUAGUGGGCAUCUAUAUAAAAGUAACUAUAAAGCCAUCCUAAAUUUCUUUAAUAAUGUGGUGCUUUAAACAAUAUUUCAGUUUCUUUGUAUGUAAAUAUUAUUGUGUUUUGUUGAGACUGUGGAUUAAUAUGUUAGCUUUAGCUUUGUAAAUAAGGAAAGUUCUGUGGAAUACAUUAUUGUCUUUAGUGUUUUGUUAUGUAAGUAAACUAUCACAAAUCCAUAAAACUGCUUGCUGAAAAAAUUAGCAAUUUGUUUUGUUAAAGGUAUCAUUUUAUUGUAUGAACACAUUAUUAUGUUUUGUUACAGCUUUUGUGAUCAUUUUGUUGCCAUGUCACACAUUCUUGAAGGAGUCCAGUACAUUUAGUUUUGUUUGCUGUUGUUGUUAGACUGCUGUGAAAUGGUUGCCUAUUUUUUAUCAUUAUUUGAAUUUCAUGAAUUUUAUCCAGCAUCAGAGAUGUCUGUAUGUCUGUCAGUGUGAUUUGUGUCCAGUCUGUGAUCUUCUACAUAAUUAUCUUCAGUGGAAUGCUCAUCUCCUCAGUGAAGAUUGCAGAGCAUGGGUUUCCAGUUUGCACCAACCCAAAGUCAGGGUCACAGCUGAAGGCCAAUGUUGGAGACUUAGAUUUCAUGGCUGGUCUUUUUUACAUCCUUAACUACUUGAAGAAUAUUUAUGGAACUUUGGUUGAAUACUUCAUCAUCAAGGUGAGGUGCAGAACUCAUGGACUCUAGCCGAAGCAAUUGAGCAUGCUUUAUCAUUCAGUUAACCCAAACUUUUAUCUUCCAUAAUGCUAGUUAUAGCAAAUACUAUAUGCAAAUAAAACCACUUUCAUAAACAUUGCACAGUUGCACAAUGUCUGUCCGUAAAGUCUUUUGAGAAAAUAUCUUCUCCAAAGCAAUACCUUACGCAGCUGACAAAUACCGGUACAUAUUCAGUGGGUGGAUAAGAAUUCAACAAAUGUGCUUUAUAUUCCAGUUGUGUUUUUAUUAACUUUCUAAGGAAAGCCAUGUAUGGCAGUAAUUAUUGGACUACUUGUUUUCUGUUUCUAUACCACUGGAUUAAUGUGAUCAUCUGUUAUAUAUUUUCUGCUAUCUUUAAAAAGAUUUUUUAUGCACUGGCAAUUGGAAAAUGGUAUCCAGUGGAAUGUUCAUAGAUGUUUGAUAACAAUGGAUUUUUAUAAGCUGUAUUCCAUUAUAAGCCUUUUAUAUAAAUAAUCAUACAAAAAUACUGUGUAACCCGUUAUGCUACAUAUGUAUGUAUGUAUGUAUUAGAAAGCUCAGAGAAAAUCAAUACAGAAUGAAAUGAGAGUGCAAGAGUUAACUUAAAGAUAUGGUAACUAUUCAGCUCAUGUGGUGGGAGGCAGGAAAAUCUCCGGGUGCCCCUCUUGGCAUUAUUUAAAGUACAGGCAGGCACCUGGGUAGAACUGCUGACCAAAAAGAAGCUAGAUCUUUGGCCUUUUCAGUUCAUUCAAUGGCUGCCCAUGGACAGUAUAUAACCCUUUUGUUUUGUUAGUCAGUAUGCCAAAGGUCAAAGUCACAGUAACCUUUAGACUAAAAAGGAAUUACAUACAGAGAACAAACAGCUCUUUUAAGGCUUUGAAAAGAAGCACAAUAAAAUUAACACAAUACUUUUCUGGUGUACCUGCAUCCAUUGUUCAAUUUUUAUACCCCGGGCAUAUAACAAAAUAAAACUAUUCGUCUGUUUGUCCAUCCAUUCAAACCAGUUUGCCUGCAACCCACAUUAAUGACCCGAUUUAGUUCAUACUCACACUCAACAAUUCUUUCAGCAAGACCUACAAACUGACCUAUAUAUAGAUGACCCUGACCCUCAUAUGACCGUCUUCAAACUUAAAACUUUGAUAAAAUACAUUUUUGAUCCUGCAGCCAACAUAAAUUGCCCCAUUUAGUUUAUACUCGCACUAAACAAACCUUGUGGCAAGACCUACAAACUGACCAAUGUAUAGAUGACUUUGAUCUUCAUAUAGUUUUAACCUUUAAACUUAAAACCUCAAAAAAAAACAUCUUUGGUCAUACACUUCAAAAAAAAAAAAGUUUAUUUCAUAUAACUCUCAGUUUGUACAUAUACAAAGACAAUACAUUUAUAUAACAUGAUACAUGGAGGGCAAAGAUAAAACUUUAUCAAAAGAUGAAUGCGAUUAUGGUAACUCAGAUGUACGCUAUGACAUUAUUGAUGCUGCGGUCUUUUUUGGUCAUAAUUAAUAGUCGUAUCUGUAGAAGUGUUAAAUAUUAUAGAUCGUGUUUAGUGACAUAAUAUUACCUUAAAUGAAGCGUGUAAUCAGAUUCGGCGUGUCCUAUAUAUAGAUGACCCUGACCCUCAUAUGACCUUCAUCUUCAAACUUUGAUAAAAUACAUUUUUGGUCCUGCAGCCAACAUAAAUUGCCCCAUUUAGUUUAUACUCGCACUCAACAAACCUUGUGGCAAGACCUACAAACUGACCAAUGUAUAGAUGACUUUGAUCUUCAUAUAGUUUUCACCUUUAAACUUAAAACCUCAAAAAAAAAAAAACAUCUUUGGUCAUACACUCGAGAGCAGGAUUUUGCAUUUUGAAAAUGCAGUUCCUUGUUAUACAAUUAUUAUAUUUAUUUAAGUUUUUUAUAUUUUUAUACAAUGAAAUAAUUGUUGUUGAUUUCGGAUGAUAACCUAUGUUGCACCUUGUAAAUAUUUUUUUAUUUGUAAAUUGUGGAUUACAUGUAUAUCUAUUAAGAGUUUUCAUGGAAAUGAUAUUUAAUGUUAAUAUGUAAGUAUGUUAAUAUUUUGAAAACCUUCAAAUAAAGUUUUGUGGUUAAAA